AAGAGAGAACAGGGAGGCUGCAGAAUCCUGAAUCCGAGUCCUUCUCCGUGUUUUGCAGAACAUGCAGAAAGCGUCUGAGGCUUUCUGCUGCAGUGGAGGACUAAACACACGCACACACUCAUACACACCAUACACCAGUCCCCUCUCCUAUCCAGUCCUCCGCUUCACACACAUACCAGAGGGAAAGAGAAAAAGGGGGAAUACGCAAAAAAACAAACAAACAACAACAACAACAACAACAACAAAAAAACACCCCAAAGGGUAGAGGAGCAGGGAAGAUUUGUUCCCCCAUGGAACUGGAUUUGGCUCAUUUCUACAUCUGUGUGUCCUCCGUUCCGCUGUCAUGAUGAGAAGACGCAUGUGUGUGUACCAAUGACUCCGACACACGCACGGAUUCUCAGACCCCCCAUCGACCCCUUGGUCACCUUCCCGACACUUCAAUGAGGACAGAAAACUGCCUCAAACUGGGAACAUGAAGGGCUUAUCGGGCAGCCGUGGCCAGCAUCAUCAGCUCCCCAUGCCUCACUCCCCGUGUGGCCUGGUGGAGUUUGAUCGACCUCAUGAAAUUCAUGGCGUUCACUCGUCUGACAUCCGUCACACAUACCUUCUCAGCCCCACAGACAGCUGUGCCAUGGACUACCAGCACCACCAGCGCUACUCUCCUCGUAGCUCCAUCCACUCCGACUGCAUGAUGCUUUCACCAACAGUGCUGCAACCCAUUGGCACUGCUGACCACAUCUCCAGCAGCACAUUUCCCAGAAUGCACUACGGUUCCCAGUACUAUGACUCAGCCUCCCGAGACGACUGUGCUACCAUCACCACGUCGGCCACUUCUGCUGCUGCUGCCUCAUCAUUUGCCUCUCAUCAUGCUGUAAGCAAGAGCAAUCGCAUCCCCGCCAACCUUCUAGAUCAAUUUGAGAAGCAGCUUCCAGUGCACCGCGACGGUUUCCACACGUUGCAGUACCAGCGCGCUUCCCCUUCUGAGCAGCGCAGCGAGAGUCCUGGACGAAUUCGCCACCUGGUGCACUCUGUCCAGAAACUCUUCACCAAAUCCCACUCCCUGGAGGGCUCAUCCAAGAUGAAUGGUGCUAAAGGGGAGGGUGGGGUCCACCACCACCACAGUGGCCACCACUCAUCCAAACAUGGGAUCAAACGCAGCAAGAGCAAGGAACGCAAGCAUCGCUCAGGCAGCUGGUGGAGCUCUGACGAUAACCUGGACAGCGAUAGCACUUUCCGCACUCCCGUUGGUAUGAGCCGGCAUCACGCAGGCCAUUGUCUCUCUGAAUCUGUACGCCCUCACUUUGGUGAACACUCACUCAAAACCUCCAAAAGCAGCAAUGAUGUAAAGUGCUCAGCCUGUGACAGCCUUGCCAUGCCACCAGAAGGAAAGUUCAUGAAAAGGAGCUCCUGGUCCACACUCACUGUCAGCCAGGCCAAAGAAGCAUACCGAAAGUCCUGCCUCAACCUGGACAAGUCCACAGUCCAUCAGGAUCUAAAGUCCUCUCUUCGCGCCAGUCACUAUCUACAGGUGCCUCAGGAUGAGUGGAGUGGUUACCCGGGAAUUGAAAAGGAUGAGGAGAUCCCAUGUCGGCGGAUGCGCAGCAGCAGUUAUGUGAAAGCCAUGGGGGAUGAUGAGAGUGGUGAAUCAGACACCAGUCCCAAAGCAUCGCCUCAAAAAUCUGUCCGUCCAGAUGCCCUCAUUCUCAAAUCCGCCAUCCACAGACCUCAUAUAGACAGCCAAAGCCAAGGCUACCACUUGCAAACAACGAGAGAUUUGCGUCCCCAUCCCGGUGUGUCUCUGGACCCAGUGACCUCCUACAACCCUCCCCAAUACCGCUCUCGCAACCAGAGCUACAUGCGCGCUGUCAGCACCCUCAGUCAGGCAAGCUGCCUCAGUCAGGUGAGUGAGACUGAGGUCAAUGGCCAGUAUGAGUCAGUUUGCGAGUCCGUUUUUAGUGAAGUAGAGUCCCAGGCCAUGGAGGCCCUGGACCUUCCUGCCACUUUCCGCACUCGAAGCCACAGUUACCUGCGUGCAAUUCAGGCUGGGUAUUCCCAAGAUGACGACUGCUUGCCUUCAAUGACAUCCUCCACUGUCACUUCAACUCUCAGAUCCACAACAGAGGGCUAUGAUGCGAUGGAAGGCACUUCUUUGUUAAAUGAGGAUAUGAUAGAAGACGAUGACGGUGCUAGCUCCUCGGCUUACCAGGAGCUUGAGCGUUUUGAGAGAGAGAAUGCUGGUCGGAGUCAUCACAGCACAAGUUCUACUGUAACAGCCAUCUCUGUGGCACCCACUUCUUCUCCACCCAUGUACCAUGUUCCUGCUCCAACACCCUCCAUCCCUGAACCACAUGUUCCUCAGGCCAUUCAAGCUUUUAAAGAAUCAGCCAAUAUGGUGGCAGCCUUCAACAUGCAAUGGAAGGAAGAGAUUGCGGCCAUGCGGUUUGAGCUGGCCGAACUGCGCCGGGAUGUGUGCAAUGAGCUCAAGACCUUUAAUAGCAACUUUUUUAACUUCACUCAGUGCUAUAACAUGUGGACCUUGUGCAGGGAGGCAGCGACCGGAAGCUCUACCCAAUCAAGUGAACGAGUGUCAGUUGGGAUCCAAACUGGCAAUAAUGGUCCAGUCCGACAAAACACUGUGGAUGUCUCAGUCAUGUGCCAACCGGAACCGGCACCGUUUAACAUUUUUGAGGUGAUGAACCCUCCAAGGAUUGAGAUCACUGAGGGAACACCUGAGGGCCCAACAACCUCUAACAGCCCAACAAGCCCUACAAGCCCGGUAAGUCCCACCGAUCUAUCAGGUCAAAGACCACUAGGGGAGACCAAGAUGGACACCAGCAGGAAGAAGAAAAGUCGUAGUCGACCAGAAGGACAGAGAAGCUCCAGUCUGGAACUCUGGUGCAGGAAGUACACUAGUGGCCCAAUGUCUUACCUGUCACUAUCAUUCUGAUCAUGCUAGUCAUGCAAUCCAAUGAAACUCGGGAAUUAAUUCCCCUCUUAACCAACCCUGCAAACAGGGGCAAGGUACUGUUUAAGUCUGCACACAUUAAGAGCCAGGGUGCAGUCCUUGUCCCUUUGCUCUAUGCAGAGAUGAUUGCUAGCUAGGCAUUUUUUUACACUGAAAUCAGGAGAAGAUGCCACACUGGUGUAUGUUAGGUUAGCUAAACCAUCACAGAGUAAUCCAUUUUGCUGCGUUUUUUCUUCAUACAUGUAUAUGUCUCCACAGAUUUGACCCAAGAAUGUGGCAAGCAAUGCAAGGAAUGUCAUCUUCAUCCAACUGUCUUCGUAAUGCUCCGCCAUUAACCACUAAGCUUCUCAAUUGACUAAAGUAUACACAUGCUGCCCUUCUACAAUGACAUCCUGAUGAUGUGAUCUAAUCAAACAUGAGUUUACUAAAAAUGGCUCAUUGUCGUUUAAAUAAGACAACUGCUCUCAAGUGCAUUGAAUUGGCAAAGUUUUGUUUUAAUUCAUAUUGGUUGGUCAAGUUAAACAUCCUAAAUGAUGUCCAUCAGAGUGCCAUCAGGAUUUUUUUGUACACUACAGCACUUUGCCACUGUGGCGAUGAAGUUACUGUGGAUGAUCUUAGGUCAUAAUCAUUAACAAUGUAUGGUUGGGAGUUACAUAGCACAUGAUAUUUUAAAAAUCAACAUAAAUGCUUCCCUCACACUAAGCCUUUUGCUGUAAACUUGAAGAUAAAUGAAGUUAAGAAAACUAUGAAAGAUUAGAAUUAGUGUUGGGAUUAAAGUAUGUUAACAUAGUGGAUACUUUUAUUAACGGUUGCACAUUUACUGUCCAUAUCCUAAAUUCUAAUCCAGUUAAUUCAGUUUACAAUCUAAGCAUCCACACUCAUGUGUGGGUUAAUCCAAAUUAAGUGGGACCAAUUUUGUUUUGUUUUUUCUUUUGCCAGACAAUACAACACAGUUUAAACUUGUAUGUAAUCGCAAUGAAGAAUAGAAAAUUAUUACAGAUGUCAGAUUAUAUUUUGUACUUUAUAAAAGAGUAUGAUUUAUUCAGAAUGAAAUGUAGGGAUGGCUAUGAAAGUCAUUUCAAUCUUCCCAAUACAUUUACAUGAUUGGGUAUAAAAUACACAGAUAUACCUUAUGUUGUGCAUACAAGGCUUAUGCGCACAACCCCAUAUACAACUGCUGGAGUUAUACUGUGAAUCCUCUACAUAAUAUUUAUUUAAUUUCAUUCAAAAAAGAGAAACAUAUUUAUAGAAUGAAACAGACAGUAAACCUAAAUAUAUUAUAACUAUGAGAAACAUUCCUUAACAUAAAAUAUAUUUCUAUAUUUUUUUGGCUGUUCUGUUUUAUGUACUGUGUCAAAAGUAAAGACUUUAAAGGGUAUUUUAUUUUGUAAAGGGAAAAAUCAUAUUCAUGCCAAAGUAGUUAUGGAGAAGACGGUUUUCAAGUUAGACCAAAAGCGGCUUUGUUGACUGCGGACACUUGGUUUGUUAGCAAAUGAUCUCUUGGGUACAGUAAAGUGUCUGUCUUACAAGCAUGCUUGUUUUACAGUCCAACAUUCAAUGCUUAUUUCUGUCUGUUGUUGUUUUUUGUUUUUUCCCUCUUGCUGUUAAGUGCAACAAAAUUUAGGCUUUGAAUUAAGCAUUGUGCACACCACACAAUUUUAGUCCCGAUUUCCCUGUCUCUGUUACACUGUGACUGCUUGUGUAGUCACAACUGAGCAGUUCAGUGACCAAAUUUUAAAUGACAUUUUUAAGCAUGUUUGACAUGCUUGGUAACUAAUCAUGUAGCGUGAACACUGCUGAGAAAAAGCCAAUAAGCGUCCAAGAGGAAAUCAAACUCAUCUGCGGACAUGUGCAGCAGAUCCCUGAAUCCAGUUUAUUUUCAUCCAUAUGUUUGUGAGAGGGUGAGGGCAAAAUGCAAGCACAACAUUCAUUCUAUCAGCUCUUAUUACAUGAUUCCUGGUAUGUAAAAAGUAAUGUAAAAGGCUCCCCUUUGGUUCUGUUUGCAGAAUAAACAGUUCUUGUUGUCAGCAUCUCCCCAACCAAUCCUUCCUUAACAUUUUCCCUUAUUCUCCUUUUUCUAGUUCCAUACAAAAUAUUGCAGAAACAACAACCACAGCCAAAGUCUGCUGCUUUCAACUUAACUCAGAAGUUGAGAAAUGAAACAUUUUUUUGACCUCCAUGCAUUUGAGCUAGAGUACAAAGUAAAAAAAAAAAACAUGGACACCAUCAUGUUUAUCUUUUGUUAGCAUAAAUCUAGCAAGCUAACUGUGAUGAGUGAUAGUUCAGUGACUAAACAGCGAUCUGUAUAGUCAGUGUUAUAGAUUUAACAAGUGAAUAUGUGUGUAUGUUGACUGAUCUAAAGAAAAUACUAGUACAGUAGUGCUUGAAUGUUUUUCUAUAUAUCUGAAUAAAUAUGACCCAAAACAUCAUCAGAUUUUCACAUAGGUCCUAAAAGUAGACCAAGAGAUCCCAAUUAAACAAAUGAGACAAAAAUAUUAUACUUGAGGAAAAUGAUCCAGUGUUGCAUAUCGGUGAGUGGCAAAAGUUUGUGAACCUCUAGGAUUUGCAGUUUAAUUUGAAGGUGAACUUAGUCAGGUGUUUUCAAUCAAUGGGAUGCUGGUCAGGUGUGAGUGAGGACCCUGUUUUAUUUAAGGAACAGGAAUCUGUCAAAGUAUGAUCUUCACAAGACAGGUUUGUGGAAGUGUAUCAUGGCAUGAACAAAGGAGAUUUCUGAGGUCCAUCAUCAGGAGAACAUUGAACAACAACAGUGUGCAUGGCAGUGUUACAAGGAGAAAGCCACUGCUCUCCAAAAAGAACAUUGCUGCACCUGUACAGUUUGCUAAAGAUCACGUGGACAUGCUAGAAGGCUACUGGAAAAAUGUUUUGUUUAUAGAUUAGACAAAAAUAGAAUUUUUGUUUUAAAUGAGAAGUGGUAUGUUUGGAGAAAGGAAAACACUGCAUUCUAGCAUAAGAACCUUAUCUCAUCUGUGAAACAUGGUGGUGGUAGUAUCAUGAUUUGGGCCUGUUUUGCUGCAUCUGGGCCGGGACGACUCGCCAUCAUUGGUGGAACAAUGAAUUCUGAAUUAUAUCAGCGAUUUCUAAAGGAAAAUGUCAGGACAUCUGUCCAUGAACUGAAUCUCAAGAGAAAGUGGGGCAUGCAGCAAGACAAUGAUCCUAAACACACAAGUUAUUCUACCAAAGAACGGUCAAAGAAGAAUGAAGUUAAAGUUUUGGAAUGACCAAGUCAAAGUCCUGACUUUUAAUCCAAUAGAAAUGUUGUUUAAGAACCUGAAGCAAACAGUUCAUGUGAGGAAACCCACCAACAUCCCAGAGCUGAAACUGUUAUGUACUGAGGAACGGGAUAAAACUCCUCCAAGCCGAUGUGCAGGACUGACCACCAGUUACCGCAAAUGUUUAGUUGCAAUUAUUGCUGCACAAGAGGAUCACACCAGAUACUGAAAGCACAUACUUUUCCCAGUCACCGAUAUAUAAUAUUCUAUCAUUUUCUGCAAUAAAUAAAUGAACAAGUAUGAUAUUUUUGUCUCAUUUGUUUAAUCGGGUUCUCUUUAUCUGCUUUUUAGGACUUUUGUAUAAAUGUGUGUAAAAUCUUAUUAUGUUUUAGGUCAUAUUUAUGCAGAAAUAUAGAAAAUUCUUUCAAGCACCACUGUAUAUACAGUAUACUCUUUUAAAUGUAAAUAAUUGCUGCUUCUGGUGAUGCUAUGAGCAGCCAUGUUGAGUUGAUGUCAUGUGGUCAACUUGGGAGCUGUCGAGGAGACCUUUCAGAACUUCUGAGUAGGAAUUCUGAGUUAAGAGGGUGUUUUCUUUUUUCUUUCUUUUUUUUUUCUUAAUCGGAGGUCAGAAAUUCCGAGUUAUGAGUUUUAGUCAAAUGCAGCUAAAGUGACAUGAUAGAUGACUUCCUGUGUUUAUUUUUGUGAAAAUGUAGGAUUUGGGGAUCAGCUAUUUUUUGGAUUAGGUUGUGUAUGAGUCUUGUGAUUUUGUAGUGUGCACACUCCUACAUCCACAAAACUGAUUAAAGUGAUUAAAAUCAUAUAGUAUGAACAGGACAGUGAUUAGUGAUUCACACAUCUGGAAAGUUGUGUAGUGUGCACUUGGCUUAAGUCUAUGGAUCUGGGAUGUAGCAAGCAAUGUAAUUAAGGCCCAUCAUUUUAAAUCAUAUAUGUUUAGAAUAAACCAACUGGAAGGAUUCUGUGCAAAAAAACCCCAAAUUUAUUUGCUUUUCUGAGUAAUUAGCUCACUUUAAAUGCUCUGCUGAAGCAGAUUAUAAGCCUUGCUAUUGCUCUUAUAUAACCUAUCAGUAUAUAAUCCAUAUUUCCCAUUGUGUUUAUUAAAAUACAUUAAUAAUUCAGUCACACCUGAAGGCAAAACUAUUCAGCAUUGUUUAGAGGCUGCAGCUCAAGUUUUGCCUCUGAAUAUAAUUAGAACAUUAAUUUGUGCCCCUACAGUCAGAGAAGAUGCAUUAACCAACGCACAGCAUGAUAUUAAAAAUCUAAAUUCAGAAAUCUUUUUUUUUUUUUUUUUUUUUUUUUUUUUUAAGUAAACACAACACUAGCUUUCUCUGACACCUACAUUGAAACUAUUAUAAAGUACAGAAGCGAUGUGGACACAAACUCCAUACACAUAUGCAACAACAACAACAAAAAUCAUUGUCAUGAUAAUAAAAGACCAUACUUGCAAUUCAGGCUACAAAUAUGAUGCAUACAAACACUUGAUUGAAACAUGAUUUAUUUCUGUAGACGUUAUUUGUCCUUGUGGUUGUUCCUGCUAUUUAUAGCUCACUGCCAUUAUUGAUUCAGUUUGCACCACUUGAGCACCUAAUAUUUUUUUUGGAAAUCAUGAAAUAAAUUAAUCAUAACUUUGGAACUUUGAGCUGCCGUUGUGGAUUUUUUUUCCAUGAAAGAAUAGUAUAUUUAGCUAUAACAAGUCAAAUUUUAUAUGUGUUACUUAAUUGUCAUUUGAGGGUUUUUGCAUUUUCAUUCAUAAAAUUGAGCUAAUAUUUGGUUAAAAUGUAUUAAACUGUUUAGUUGUGGUCUCUUAUGAUUGUUUUUUUGCACCUAAUAUUUGUAAUAGUGAACUGGGACUUAUAAAAUGUAAAAAUGGUUAAUAUGACAGAGAAAAAGAAAGAAAGAGAGAUAGGAAAAUGUCUUAUUAAGGUGUUUCAGUGGUGUUCCACAGUCUAAAAGUCUCUUGAGCUGUACUGGAGUGAUGAUAAACAUUUUUACAAUAUUCCCUCAAUUGGUGUAUUGAUGCUGUUGGAGCAGAGCACUGUCUAACACGCCACUCCAAAAUCUUUCAAACAUGUUGACCAUGAAGGCUAAGUAUAUGACUAACAAUUUUAUAGUAAUCAAAACAUUCAAUGAGUUUUCAUACCUCGGCAGUUUGUAUAUAUGAACAUACAGUAUAUGAUAUAUACAUUUCAUGUAAAAAAAAAUAAUUACACCCCAUUGAAAUUGUUGGCUUUUAGACAUAUAUGGGCAAGCAAACAUCAAAUGACAUAAAAUUGGCAUUUUGUAGUAAUUUUCAGAAUUUAAAUGAACAAAAAACAGACCAGUCACAUGGAAAGUACAUCCCGUCAAAUCCAUAAAAUUUGAUUCAGGUGUUCAAGAUUGGGUGCCAGUGAUUAGAACCUGCUUAGGGAUUGCAGGUGGUGGAACCGGUCUUGUUUAUACCCCUCUCAUAUCUAGUGUCUGGUGUUCAUCAUGCCAAAAUCUAAAGAGUUCUGUAAGGCCUUCAGAAAAAAGGUUGCAGAUGCCCAUGAGUCUGGCAAGGGAUUUAAACAGAUCUCCAAAUUCUUUGAAAUACAACAUUCCACUGUGAGGAAUUUGUCCAGGACUGGACGUCCCAGCAAAUUCAACCAAAGAGCAGAACAUCUGAUGCAAAUAAAAGUCUCCAAGAACCCCAGAAUUUCAUCACGGGAUCUGCUAGUAAGUCUUGCAGCUGUUGGUGUCAAAGUCCAUGCUUCUACAAUCAGAAAGAGAUUUGCACAAAUUUGACCUGCAUGGAAGGCGUGCCAGGAAAAAGCCUUGGAAGACUACAGUUUGCCAACGAGCAUAUAGACAAAGACCAGACCUUUUGGAAUAAUGCGUUCCGGACAGACGAAUCAAAGAUAGAGUUGGUUGGCCACAGUAAGAGCAGACAUGUUUGGCACAGACCAAAGACAGCUAAUGUGAGGCCAUCUGUGCGAAAGUUGAAGUUGAACCGAAAGUGGACCUUUCAACAGGAUAAUGAACACUAAGAACACUAGGAAAUCCAGCAAGGAAUGGCUCAGAAAGAAGAAAUGGAUGGUUAUGGAAUGGCCUAGACAAAGCCUGAAUUUGAAUCCCAUUAAAAUGUUGUGGGGGAUUUGAAACGUGCAGUACAUGCAAGAAAACCCUUAAACAUCUUACAACUGAAAGAAUAUUGCAUGGAAGUGUGGUCAAAAUUUCCAGCAAGCAACUGGUGGACAAUUAUGCAAAACGCCUACAAAAAGUUAUUUCUGCUCAAAGGGGCAAUACUAGCUUCUGAGGCAGAGGGUGUACUUACUUUUUCCACAGAAGAAUAUCACAUGUAUUGAUAUUUUUGUUGAAUAAAUUAUUGAAAAAACGAUUUAUUCAAUGAUUGAUUAUUUUUCCUUGCGGCUUUGUUCAAAUGUUUGCUUGCCCAAAUAUGUCAAAAAAGCCAACAAUUUCCAUGGGGUGUACUUAUUUUUUCACAUGACUGUAUGAUGAAUCUGAAACAUUGGUGUGUACAUUGCUGACACUUUCAUAUAGGUGAGCGACCUACAAUAAUGGUAACUGUCUGUAACAAAAAUAGAUAACAUGAUAAUAUGCUCCCUGAAUUUGUUUUGUUUUUCCAUUUCUCAUCAUUGUUUUGUUUUCUUAUCUGAAUUCUUUCUUAUAGUAUAUACACUGCUGAAAUGUAUGCAGGCUGUAAAUCCCUGGAAAAAAAUCAGAACCACCAAGAUAUCUGACACAGUAGUAGAAGAGCAUUAAUGCUGAAUUAAUAUUAAGUACAUAACUAAUAGAGACUGCCAUGUGUAUAUAUAGAAAUACACUAAAAAUGGAACAAUAGCCUUCAUACUGCAGUUCUGAAAUUCUAAACCUUGUAUCCAGAGAGUAGAAGAUAAAUCUAAAUAAAAUUAUAUUGUUGAGCAGACUGAUUUUACAAACUUAACAGCUCUAAAGUUUUACAGUUAGGCUUAAACAGAAAAAAAAAAUUAAAUAGUGACAGAAAGCGGCCUUCAACUAAUGCGAUUGUUGAUAGCCAAGUAAAUAGUUGCCUUGUUUAUGAGCCAAAUGAGUGAUGACAGGGCAGUUUAAAUCUUCCUGCGGUGUCAUUAACAACUAUAAUUGGGAUUUUCAGUAUUCAUCAUUUAAGCUGUAGAAAAAAUAAAAUAAAUAAAUAAAUAAAUAAAAUUAUUUCACUGAUUUCUAUAGUCAUCUUAUCUCUGGUCUGUAGGGUAAGAAUGCUUUGCUCUGUGGAACACAAACUAAUUAAAAUGUAUUAUUCUUUAUAGUAGAUAAUUAAUAUUAACACAUAAUAAUAAUAAUAAUAAUAAUAAUAAUAAUAAUAAUAAUAAUAAACACAAAAUGUAAGUAAAAACAAGUAAGUCUACAUCUCUUUUUUUUCGCCACAGCCUAAACAGACCGUUAAUUUUUAUUCUUGAGCAUCAAUUACCGCAUUCGUAACAAUCAUUAUUUUAUACGGUAAUUCAAACUGUCUAAAGUGUAUGUAGGCGUAGAGAUUAUAUUAUAUAAAUUGUAUAAUUAAAGCGUAAAUGUAUGUCCUAUAAUGAUGCGUCAUGAACCUCACUUAAGGUUUAAAGAUGUGAAGAAAUGCUGGCCCAUAGUACACGGAUUUUUUGUAAAAUAAUUUAACUGUAACUUUUAUUUAUGUAAUUAAAUGUAACUGUAUGUUUGUUUUAUUAUUUUGUCUUAUUUAUUUCUUUAUAUUGUUCAUUGGAUUGUUUUUUUUUCAAUACUGAUUAUUCAAACAUUUGAUAAGAACAAGAAAAGCUACAGACUGUGAUGUUUGUUCAAUCUUCAGCUGUCCAAUUUUGUCAUCUACUGUAGCUCAGAUAGUUGUUCUUAUUUGACAAGAGUGAAACCUGAUGCUGUCCUCUGCUGUUGUAGACAUCUACCUCAACGUUUGACGUGUUGUGCGUUCUGAGUUGUUUCUCCGCUCACCAUGGUUGUAAAUAGUGGUGAUUUUCAACCAUUUCAUUAGACAUGAGAAUGUUGUGUGUGAAAUGCCCAGGAGAUCGGCAGGUUCUGAAAUACUCAAAUGCAAACCUGGUACCAACAACCAUGCCACGGUCAAGAUCACUGAGACUUUUUCCCCAUUCUGAUGUGAAUUUGAUGUAAAAUGAACUCAAACUCUUUAUUGUAUCUACAUGAUUGUAUGAAUGCGUACUGUGCUGCUGCUGCCACAUGAUUGGCUGAAGUCAUUUCUGAUGUUUCUCUGGUGAUGUUAAAACUGAAUCAGGGGAACCUAGCUGAAUAAGUUCUCGAGAUAAUCAAGAACAGAUUGCCGUAUUAAUCUUGAUUAUACAGGACCCGUAUGUCAUCAAUUUUGAAGUGACACUGUCAUGUUUUAUGGAAUAUUACGAAAAUAAUUUUUCACUAAUAGAUAUAAAACUGAACUCUCUACUUGUGCACACCUUUCUUUGCAACCUGUGCAUUUACUACAUUAUAUUAAAUACUAUUUCAUUAUAAAUAAUUCUGUAAUUAGUACUGACUUGUUGACCCUUCAGUUACUAUAUUUUCGAUAUAUUUUACUAUAAUUUAACUUUUUUUUUUGCCAGACUCUUUGUGUAAAAGUGCUGUAGCCAGGUCAUGAGAAGUACCAUAACGUCAGAAUGUCUAUUAAUUGUAUGCAUCGGUUAGUUUUUUUUUCUUUCCCCCUGAUGAUCUCAUUUGUGUUUCCAAGUUUAUGAUUAGAAAUGAUCUGUGGCAUUAAAAAGGAAAAUGAAGAGGUGUAUUUUGCAUUAAUCCAGGUCUUGUCUAUGUUUUAUGCUAAACUAUGUCUUUUAGGAUGAACAUAUACAGUACACGGUAGCUCAGUGGCGAAAUAGCUUGCCGCAAAUCACACAAUAAGAUUUAAUAUAAUAUACAGCUGGGUGAAAAAUUACAGGGAAAAAAUCAACACUAGGUUAGUUAACUGUCGGGCCACCAUGAGCUGCCAAAACAGCUUCCAUGUACCAUUCUACAAAUCUGCAGUGAAGUGUACUGGAGGGACGGACAGCAUUCUUACAAAAUAUAUUCCCUUAAGUGAUGUUUAGAUGAUGGUGUUGAAGAGUGCUGUCAGUCCAAAAUCAUUUCAUGCAAUGCAGUGAGCCCUCUUGCCCUGUGGAUGUGGGCAGGGUAAUCUGGGAUAAGAACUUCCUUUGUUAAUCAUGUUUGUCACCCAUCUGCAGGUCAUUAUUAUUUAAAUUGACACUCAGGUGUUCUUAAACAAAUUUGAGUAAAUUACGUUACUUAAACUCAGGGUGACAAAAACAAAAGAAAGUUUUCGGAUCAUUAAAUCGAGGGUUUACUUGUAUUUUUUUGUUUAAUAUUUUAUUUAUUGCCGUAAUUGAAUUUGAUAUUUUAUUCCUUUAUACCGUAUUUACAUUCUUGUCGAUGUGAGAGUUUAAUUUAAUCAUUUGCUUUGCUUUAUUUUGAAAGAAAAUGCAACAGAAUGUGAGUGUGUUUAAAGUGGAAAUACAAUCUAUUAUAAAGGUCUUUUAAAUUUGACAUUGUCAUUUCAAUGGGGUUCAUAGCUACACUGUUGUAAUCAAAUCCCAGCAUGCCUUAAGAACAUUGCAGAUUCUAUAUGAAUGAGUAUGUGAUUUUAUGUGUCACAUUAAAAGUGUAUUUCUUGGGUAGAGAUUAUGUUUUUAUGCUUAUGGAAUGCAGAAAAGGCACAUUUCCUUCCCAGUGCAUGCUUCCACGGCAGGCCUAAUUUCUCACUGUGGUGUUUUUAUUCGAUUCUCCAUUUCCCUUUUUCCUUUUUACUGUUUCGGUCUCCUAGCUGGUCGGUUAGCUGUGGGGUACAGACUGCACAAGGCUUUCUUCUUUCUUCUUUCUUCAUUCAUUUUAUAUAUAUAUAUAUAUAAAGGCAUGGUAAUUUUACACAUUUAAAUAACUAAAUUAGUAUUACUCAAUGCUAAUACUACAUGCUAGUUCUAUAUUGGCUGUUCGAGUUUUUGGUAAGAUAUACAGUAUUUUGCUAAUUCCAGUUAAAAUCACACUUCAAAUUUAUCUACAAAAUCCAGGUUUGUUAUAGAAUAUGAAUAUAAACUAUAAUACUACAAGUCUAAAUCCCUUCCAAUUUAGUGACCUAGUUUGCCAAAGCUAGUUUUUAUUGCCAAUUUGAUCAUUGCUAGUAAAAUAACGUUUGGAGAGAUAAUGCAUACAUAUACUUGCAUGCACUUGCAUUUCCAGUUGUGUUUGUAAGAUAAGAUAAAGGAAAGAUUUUAACAUAAUAUUGAAAUAGAAAAUGUAGAUCUAUAAAUAAGAUCCGGCUAAUUAUAGUAAAAGGACUGUUUGUCCGUAUUUUCACUGAUAGCACGAAGCCUGUGCCUACAAUACGAUAUUUCAGGAAAUUUCACACACAUAUUAUCAAUGUUAUCACUUCAAAUUAUAGUAGUAUGGUGAUUCUGUAUGUGCAGUUGCAUUCCGUAGUGAAAGUUUUUGUAACAGUCUGUAAUACACUGUUUUCAGCCUCUCCAUUAGUCAUCAUUACCUUAUUUUUCAGAGCAUCGUUAUCAUUUAACUCCUUAAUCAAUUUUAAUUGGUUAAUUAAGGGUAACAUCCUAAUAAGAGACCGAUGAUGAUUUUUUAUAUAACAGAAUGAAGCAAAAAAAAAAAAAAAAGUAUAAUAAUGAUGUUACUCAGAAUAAUAACGUUUAUAUUUAAACAUGCAGUUAUUUCAAAUACAGGAUCACAACAAUUUAAAACCUGAUUAAAAGUUAGAAAAUUAAUUAGUUUGAUAAAAGACGCAGAAAAAAUUUCAUUUAAAAAUGUAAUGGCACUUUCGCAGCCCUAUAAACUCUUAUACUAUUUGUCACUGUUGUCCUUAAAUAACACCGUUAAAAUGUCAUGGCAUUUUAUAAGGUAAUGGCCAGUUUUGGAGGGGAUAUAAUUUAUUUAUGUGAUAAUCAUUCAGUUAUCAAAUGUUUUUUUAUCAUCAUGCUGCAGAGAAUUUAUUCAGGUUUUUUUUUUUAAUGUAUAUAUAUAUUAUUUCUUAUUAUUUCUUACUUAAAGUGUUAUUUAACUUUCUUUUGUGUUGGAUUCAGUAAAAUGUAUUAAGUUUUCUUAUUUCUUCUUUGUGUCUAUGAAUACCCAAACAUCCCUAAAAGAAAAAUCUAUUCGCACUGGGAUGUAAUUUAUAUGCUGACUUGUCAGACGUAUUUGUUUUCCAUCCAGGAAAAGUGAAUUCACUCUAAUCAUGGGGGCAUCACCACUGUAUGUAUAUAUGUAUGUUGUCCGAAAAACACCUAUGUCUAGCAUCGCUUAUGUCUAAAAUAUUUGAAUCCAUCUGAGCCAAAUUGAUCUCAAAUGGACUUUACUUUAGUGAGACUUUAGCACCCUUUCCCCACGAUAACCAUUAAUCCACUCAUGUAUGGAUUCAUUUCCAUUCACUCCACAUAUACAGUCAUGUGAAAAAAAUAAAUACAACAUUGAAAUGGUUGGCUUUAUUUAUUUAUUUAUUUUUUUAUUAUACAUAUUUGGACAAUCAAACAUCGUCUUUGAGACAGUGCCUAUUAAUAAAGUUGAUAUGCUUGAAAAAAACACAAGGAAAAUGAGCUUUUUUCAAUAAUUUAUUCAACAUAUAUAUCAAUAGAUAUCAAGUGAUAUUCUGUGCAAAAUGUAAGUACACCCAUGUCCUCAGAAGCAAGUAUUGCCCACUUUAGCAGAAAUAACUGUUUGUAGGCAUUUUGCAUAAUCGACCACCAGGCUUGCUGGAAUUUUUGACCACUCUUCAAUGCAAUACUCUUUCAGUUGCAAGAUGUUUGAGGGUUUUCUUGCAUGUACUGCCUGUUUCAAAUCCCCGCAUUUUAAUAGGAUUAAAAUCUUGUCUUUGACUAGGCCAUUCCAUAACCCUCCAUUUCUUCUUUUUGAGCCGUUCCUUGGUGGAUUUGCGAGUGUGCUUAGUGUGCAUCCUGUUGAAAUGUCCACUUUCGGUUCAACUUCAACUUUCGCAAUGAUGGCUUCACAUUAUCUUCAAGCACUCUUUGAUAUGAUGCAGAAGUCAUAGUUCAGUCAAUGAAUGCAAGGUGUUCAGUCCCUGAAGCAGCAAAGCAACCCCAAACCAUAACAUUUCCUCCACCGUGCUUUAGCAGUUGGUAAUUGGUUCUUCUCCUGAAAAGCUGUCUUUGGUCUGCAGCAAACAUGUCGGCUUUUACUGCUUUUACAUGUCUGCUUUUAAAACAACUCGAUCUUUUAAAGUGCACCUAUUAUGCUUUUUAAAAUGUGCCUAAUUUUGUUUUAGAGGACUCAUACAAUAGGUUUACAUGCAUCCAAGCUAAAAAAACAAAAAACACUUUAAUUUUCUCAUAAUUUACAUUGCAGCAUCACCUUUUUUCCUCAGGAUCCGUUCAGUGUAAACUCCUCCUUUCAGAGAGCCUACUCUGCUCUGAUUGGUCAGCUGUCCCAGUCUGUUGUGAUUGGUCUACCGCUUACAGCACGUGUCAUAAAGGAAAUGCCUAUUACCAUAUCUGAAUUUCAGCUCAGUAAUAAUGUCGUCCAUUUUACCUUACCAAUUUGAGCCUGAGUCCAUAAUGAAACAUCAGAAUAUCAACCCGAACCACCAUCUCAAGUAUGACAAGAACGGAUGUUUCUCAGUGGUAAAUUUAUAUAUAGUUUGACAAUAACGUGAGUUAGCUGGUUAGCAGAGGCUAAGAGCUAACAAGCUAACAGCUGAGCACUGGCUGUAUGUAACACAAAACUAUGCAUUUGGAACACUCAGUAGAAAAUAUAUACAUAAAUAAUUCAUCAUACUUACAGGUUGUGAUCCAGAGGUGUAAGAUGGUCCAAAUAAAGUUGGUAUGGCCCUAUCUUUAAUUAAUAAUCGUUUCACAAAUCCUGCAUUGACUUCAGCUAGAUUUGAGAAGCAGUCGUCUGUGAAAUGACGGGAACACAACCGAAGGUCGGACUUGAACUGCUGUGGUAUGGUUUUAAAAUGAAUUUUAACCACUGAUGCUUUACAUCCCUAUCCUUUGGGAGUUCAUGCAAAGUGAUUUUGCUUUUGCAGUGCAGAAAACAACGUCUUCUAGACCUGAACCUAACUCUUUCAGGAUGCAAUCCCAACUGUAUUGUUUCAGGGUGGGUCAAAGUACACUUGUUUGCAGGUAGCCAAUGAAGACCAGAGGUGGGUUUUUUUUGUUACAAACCUACGUAGGUUUUUACAGGAAGUAAGUAUGGAAUUACUGACUACUCGUUUCAGCUGUUUAGAAUCAGUUCUUUCUUUUGGGAGUCAAUAACUCCAUUUGCCAUGAACUUUGAGUUUGGAAACUUUGCAGACGUCUUACAUUCACAAACAGCUCUAUAACACACUACAUGAUAGGUAAAAAAAAAAAAAAAAUAGGUGCACUUUAAUUUGUCUGUCUAGAGCACAUUAUUCCAAAAGGCCUGGUCUUUGCCUGUAUGCUCAUUGGGAAACUGUAGUCUUGCAAAGGCUUUUUCCUGGCACGCCUCCCAUGCAGGUCAAAUUUGUGCAAUCUCUUUCUGAUUGUAGAAGCCUGCACCCAACAGUUGUAAGACUUGGUAGCAGAUCCUGUGAUGAAAUUUUGGGGUUCUUAGAGACUUCUUUUUGCAUCAGACAGUCUGCUCUAAUUUAAUGGAUUUAAAGGUUUGAUAAAUGUAGGGUUGUUCUUACUUUUUCCAUGUGACGGAUCUUUUUUUUUUUUUUUUUUUUUAAUUUAAAUUGUGAAAAUCACUACAAAAUGUAAAUUUUAUGUGUCAUUGGAUAGAGCGUAUCACCUUUAUUAAUAACCUUUAUUUACUGUUUCAAAGAGGAUCAGAUAUUUGCUUGUCCAAAUAUGUCAAAAAACAACAACAACAAUUUCCAUGGGGUGUGCUUGUUUUUUUCACAUGACUAUACAUCAUUACAUAUUUCAACCAUUUUGUAUUAUGUUACUGUAAUCACAUCACCUAACUGUUCUGUUCUCCUGAACGCAGUCAGAAAUUAAAAUACACUUUGCAAAGAAAACAAACCUGUUCAAGAAGGUUGGUUUAGCCAUUAUACUGAUCUUAAACAUCAGCCCAUUUGAAACAUACAAAAUGCCAGAAUGCAUAAAAGCUGCACUAAAGACUUUUUAACAGUGGUUAUGUCGACACUCCUGUAAAAUCGCAAAAAAAAAAAAAAAAAUGUAAAAAUUAAACCAAAAUAAAUAAUAUCCGAUUUAGUUUCCAUUCUUAAUG